AAGACAUGCUGGCGAGUCACGGCAGCCAGUGCGAAGGAAAGCCUCAGUGGAUGAGACGUGAUUCUGAAUCUCGAUGGCUACAGGACGCGAUCACGUGCACCCCCGUAUCGGCAAUUCAUCAGAUCUCGAUCGACUGACUCGAGCGUGUAUCCCAAAAUCCAAGCAACGCACCGCGUCGACUCAUUGCUCAUACUGUUUCCUCCCACCAUGUCUGCGAUAUACGUCGACGACUCUGCCGGCUCCGACGAGACCGGCAAUGGCAUUGCGGAGGCCCCGUACCAAUCGCUCGCAUUCGCGAUCUUCACGCACGGCCCGGAGACGAAGUUGCUUGCACGCAAGGAUCCCAGCGCGUCAUAUGAGGAGCCCACACAGUCCGCGCUGAAGAAGGCAAAGAAGGGCGCGGACGGGUUGGAGAAGAAGAGGAAGAAGGCGGAGGAACUGGCGGAACGCGAGGCGAAGGAGAAGUCGGAGGAGCGCGAGCGGAGACAGAAGGUGCUCGAGGAGAGCAAGAAGAUCGUUCUGGAGGAGGAUCCGGCCCUCACUGCUGCUGUGAAGUCAAAACUUGGAAACCUCACACCCCUCCGCUCAAAACGAGUCCGCGUCUCGGGCUGGGUGCACCGCCUGCGUGAUCAGAACAAGAUCAUCUUCAUCGUCCUGCGGGACGGGACAGGGUACCUGCAGUGCGUGCUCUCGGGGAAGGUCGCGCAGACGUACGACGCGCUCACGCUCACGCUCGAGUCGACCGUCGAGCUCGUGGGCACGCUGCAGCCCGUUCCAGAGGGAAAGACCGCCCCGGGUGGGCACGAGCUGGUGGUCGACUACUGGAGGGUCCUCGGGGCGUCUCCGGGUGGCGAGGAUGCGUUCACCAACCGCUUGAACGAGAAAUCAGACCCUUCUAUCCUUGCAGACCUCAGGCAUCUCGUCAUCCGCGGCGAGACCGCCUCCGCCGUGCUCAAGCUGCGGGCAGCGCUGCUGAGCUCGUUCCGGCAAUCGCUCGUGUCGCGUGACCUCGUCGAGGUGACCCCGCCGUGCAUGGUGCAGACGCAGGUCGAGGGCGGUGCGACGCUGUUCAAGUUUGACUACUACGGACAGCCUGCGUUCUUGACGCAGAGCUCGCAGCUCUACCUGGAGACCUGUCUUCCGUCGCUCGGGGAUGUCUUCUGCGUGCAGGAGAGUUUCCGUGCGGAGAACAGUCAUACGCGUCGCCAUCUGAGCGAGUACACUCACCUCGAAGCGGAGCUGGCGUUCAUCACUUUCGAUGACCUGAUGAGCCACAUCGAGGGCAUCAUUUGCAGCACUGUAGAUAGGCUACUUGCAGACCCCUCAACGGCAGCCCUCAUCAAACAGCUGAACCCCAACUUCACCGCCCCCGCCCGGCCCUUCCGGCGGCUCUCGUACGUCGACGCGAUCGCCUGGCUGAACGAGCACGGCAUCCAGCAUGAGGCGGAGGACGCGGAGGGGAACGUCAUUCGGGACGAGGCGGGGAGCGCGAAGAUGGUUGACCACCAAGUCGGCGACGACAUCGCAGAAGCGGCGGAGAGGCGCAUGACGGACAUCCUCGGCACGCCCGUGUUCCUGUACGGCUUCCCCGCGGAGCUCAAGGCGUUCUACAUGAAGAAGAUACCUGGAACUAGCGCGGACGGUGGGCCCGUGUGUACGGAAAGCUGCGACCUGCUCAUGCCCGGCGUGGGCGAGAUCGUGGGUGGGUCGAUGAGGAUCGCGGACAUGGAGGAGCUCCUCGUGGCGUACAAGCGCGAGGGCAUUGACCCCGCGCCGUACUACUGGUUUACGGACCAGCGUAAGUAUGGCACGUGCGAGCACGGAGGGUAUGGACUUGGUGUGGAGCGCUUCCUUGCAUGGCUUGCCAACAGGUUCACUGUCCGGGAGUGUUCGCUCUAUCCCCGCUGGCCGGGCCGUGCGACACCGUGAUCUUGGCUUGAUUUCCAGGUGGGAGGUUGCGGAAAUAGAUUGUAGUUCUCAUCAUAUGUUCGUGUCGAACUGCUGUGCAGUCUGUUGCAGAAUGAAUCAGGUGUAUCUUUCGCUGUCUCUCAUGGUCUCUGUCUGAUGUGUACUAUCUCGAGUUUUAUCGAGUCUAUUUCAAUCGUAGGAAAUCCCGAUCUGAAAGUGUAUCCGAGAGUUACUAUUGACGUACCAAUUCUCUCUCUGUCUCUCCCACAGACA